CAAAUUCCAACUUGCAACUACGUGCUUGUUUUUGUUGCUAAUUAUCUAACUUUGCGAAAUUCUCAGGAUAAACACACAAAAACGACUGUAGGUUUACAUGGUUGCAAAGUGUUCAACCCCUAUAGUCACACAAGGCUGAUUUCGAAAUUUACAUUUUCUAAAAGAAUAUAGUUCUCGGUAAAAGCUAAGCGUUGGAGGAUUCGGUUGAUUUAUUCUGUUUUAGCUUUGCCUUCGUCUUUCGAAGAAAACUGCAAGCGUAUGCAGGUCAAUAUAUGAAACAGUUUCUACUGAUUAUGUUACAAGAUGUAACUUAACUUUGAUUGUAUCGUAAAGAAUAUGUCCGAGGGUUACGACACAACUCGCUUUCGUUCAACUAUUGACGAGGGCUUUGUUUGCUGUAUCUGUCUCGGUGUCUUACAAGAUCCGAAGCAAUGUGAGAACAACGAGCACUAUUUCUGUUCUGGUUGUAUCAAGAAACACCUGGAGAAGACCUCGCAUAGUUGUCCUGUCUGUCAACAAAAACUGACGGUAGAGACAUUGCGUAAGGCUCCACGAAUUGUGGCCGACUGUGUUUCCCGUUACAAGAUCAGUUGUGACCAUGCCGCGAGAGGCUGUGAUGCGGUUCCCGAGCUUGGAGCUCUGCAGGCACACGUUCAAGACUGUGAUUUCAUGCCUGUCACUUGCUCAAAUGACGGUUGUGACGAAGUCGUGAGCAAACGCGAUGUAAAGCAACACGAGCUCGAUUUAUGUCGCUUCAAGACGACGACCUGUGACGACUGUGGGGAAAAGAUGUCUCAUCAUAAAUAUGGCGCCCAUGGCUGCGUACUACGACGUGAUGUAGACGAAAUAAAGAAUGAUCUGGCAGAAGUGAAAGUCACGCAACAUGAAAUGAUGAAAGAAAUGAGAGAAGGCAUGCAGCGAUUGGCAAUUGCGUUUGAAAGUCUUCAAAAGUCUGUAAACUCCAAGAGUACUGAUAUUGUUGUCAUUGCAGGUUGGAAUCCUAAAACAGAACAGUUCCUUUCUUCUGUUGAGCGAUUUAACUUGUUAAACCAAACCUGGACGCAACUGCCUCUGUUGAAAAUUGCUCGACGUGCUGCUGCAGCUGUGAUAUUUAAGAAUCAAGUGUUUGUUUGUGGCGGGUACAGCGACUCUGAUGGCCGUUUGGAUAGUAUCGAAAUAUUGGAUCUGAAUGGUAAUCCUCUAAAAUGGCACGAGUUUUUUGUCAAUCUUCCUGUUAAGGUCACUGCUCACAAGUGCGUCGUCCAUGGGAAUCGUUUGCUGAUUAUUGGUGGCCGCAUAAAGGCAAGCGAGGUGCUGGACACGAUAUACGAACUUCUCCUUGUUCCUCCGUAUUCAUCCAAGUUGCUUUGUCACAUGAAGAAGAAACGAGCGUUCCAUGGAGUGGAGUUGUUCGAUGAUAAGGUUUUAAUCGCUGGUGGAAUCGGAGCGGAAACUGAUGUGGAAAUAUUCGACAUAGCAAGAAAUGAAUGUGUUGAAAUGCCACCACUGCCUUCUCCUCUUUCGAAUAUGAGCACAGUUCGCCGCGGUGACAGCAUGUUUUUGAUUGGAGGCGUGGAUGAUCUCGACGCAAAGAUAUUCAGCAAUAAGAUUAUCGAGUACGAUUUCAAAACUGGCCAGAGUAAGGUCGUAUUGGCGAUGAAAACUGGACGAGCUUUUUGUUCGUGUGUUUCUCGUGGAAACACGCUUAUUGUAAUCGGUGGGGCGAGGUACGACCCUGAUGCAGUGGAUUGUUUCAACUUUUCUUCAAAUACUUGGAAGAGUUUACCCUCCAUGGCUGAGGCUAGGAUGUUUGCUUCUGCAGUUCUUGUGAAUAUGGAAAGUUUGGAAUUUUGACAGUUUUUAACGAAUACUGACAUACUACAUAUAUUGGUAAUCUAAUUAAAUAUACAACCUUUUAAAAUAGAUAGAAUUAAUAUAGACGAAGAUUGUAAGAACAGCAAAUGGAACAAUAGCUAUUGCUUAACUUUGUUAAAAAGACC